AUGAGCACCGACAAUCUGCGCGUCUUGCGCAGCCGACCUCUAUGUAUCAUCUGUGGCAAGCCGCAGGAGGCAGAGAUCAUUGCACAAGAGAUGGAGGCGACCAGAGAAAUCAGCGGGGCCACCGUCCAAGGGAUCAACAACAACCACGUCUUCUACCUGGGGGAACUCAAUCUGGUCUGCGAGCGGAAGCUGGAGUACUACAUCACGAGCAGCCUCCGGCAAGGCCUGGUACAUUUCGCCACUCACGCCGGCAUUCUCUUCCAAGUCCUGCGGCCCCGGUUUGCGAUCCACGCGGGAGUGUGUGCAGGCAACGCCGCCGCCGGAGUCGAGCUGGGCCAGGUGAUCUUUGGAGACGCAGCCAUGAGCUAUGAGGAAGGCAAGUGGGGAUACAAGAGCGGAGAGUUGGAGUUCAUGCCAGACUACGACCUGGUGCGUAUAUCGCUGUCGAGAAUGGCCGGCUUCGCGGCCAGGAAGUCCAGGUACAAGUAUGGAGAUUAUGUUUCGGGGCUCUCCGUUCGGGAAGACGCAGUCAAGAUUUUUGAGCGCAUCACUCUCUCGGCGGAUCGCAACGUUCUGGCCCUCGACAUGGAAGCGAGCGCCUUUCUGAAUCUUUGCGCCCACACCGAUGUCAUGUCGCUCGGGGUUAUCAAAGGUGUGUCUGACCUGGGGGACAUGGACAAGAAGAAGGAUCCUGCACGUUACAAGCAGACCUUGCGGACGACCGCCACUGCGAUCACAAGCUGGUUGGAGCAGAUGAUGGAGAGCAUGAAUUGGGAUGUCAAUGAAGAGAAGGAAAUCGGAGCCCGCUUGGCCAAGCCUUAUUACGAAAACUUUGUGCGCAUUGUCGUCGACUCGAUCUCACAAGGGCUCUCGUUGGAAUUGCUGAGUCAAGGACGUGUGGAUCAACAGCCACAGGGUCUCAAGAUCGUAAUGCCCGAGAAUCUCAACCCGGAGAACUACGCAGAGGUCGGCCACAUUCAUAGCAUCGCUCAGACUUUUGGCCUCACAGAGGCAGCAAUUGGGAAUGGAUCACAUCGUCGGACGAUGUAUUACCGACAUCCCUAUCUCUUUGAUUUCCCCCGAACUCUCAACACUCUUCUCGUGAUGGAGGAAGCAAGCUACCAAGCGCUGGUGUUUGACAAAUUCCUCAAGUUGGAGAAAUACUGCAAAGUCCUGAGCUCGAAGUACAACAUGCCUCUGGCACAAGUCCUCGCGUGGGAUGAAUUCGAGAACAUGUUUGACUCGGCAGCAUCAGAAAUGGUCAUUGUCUGA